AUGUACAACAUUCUGCUCUACUGUCUGUUGGCGACAGCUGCGUUUACAGUUGGCUCCCCCACUGUUUAUCUGAUCAGGCAUGGCGAAAAGCCUAGUAACGGGAGUACCGGCCUGAGUGCACAAGGCCUUCGACGCGCGCAAUGUCUUCGGUCUGUGUUUGGCGCAAACUCUGCCUAUGAUAUCGGCUAUAUCAUGGCAGAAACACCAAAAAAAGGUAAUAUAAUCAACUUACAACUAUUUUCUUUAUUCGAGCAAGAGUAUUGCUUGCAAAUGUCAUUAUAUUUGCUGACUAAGAUUGGCAAAGACGGCAAGAGAGAUCGUCCGUAUGAAACUGUGGAGCCGCUGGCCCAAGAUUUAGGUAUCACGGUUGAUACUUCUUGCGAUCGCGACGAUCCCAAAUGUGUAAAAGAUGUAGUUGAGGACUACAAUGGAGACGGAAACAUUCUGAUUUGCUGGGAACAUGAUGCUUUGACGGACAUUGUCCAAGAGUUAGGCGAUGACAAUGCGCCUUCAUAUCCAGAUGGCCGUUAUGACAUUAUCUGGACUGAUCCCUCCCCUUACUCCAAUAUCACGGCAAAGACCAGUGAAAAUUGUCCUGGUCUGCAAAAGUAA